GGGAGGUGUUUGCCGCUGCGUUGGGAGGUCGGGGAUACUUGCGAGGUUUAUACACUGUGGUUCCCGUUCGUCUCGGCACGUCUGGGUGGCCACACGUGAAUGAUUCGCAGGCACACUUGCACACGUGCGUGCGAAUGCAGGGGCUCUUAAUAACGCGGGCUGGAGUCGGCUCGGGGAUCAAGAUCGAGGUCUCCACGCUUGAACCCGUGACUCAGAAACGUCUUGGCUCUAGUUUGGGGUUGCGAUUUGACAUCAGACUUGGUGGUGGUGAGGCAGAGGCAGGGGUGACCAGAGAAAAGACAUUGGUUCCCGGAGCCCAGCAUUUCUACCAAGUGUUCCCUCCCCCCGUUCCUCCAACCAACGCAACACGCACUCACACACACACACACACACACACACACACACUCGCUCCAUUUAUGUCCUUUCUUUUAUGAGUGCUGCUGUCGACUCGAAGUAGGAAGUAAAAGGAAGCCUUUAAGGGGACAAAAGAAAGCCAGAAAGAAAGGGGAGGGGGUCAGAUAGAUUCCUCAGGGAGAUGAAAUUCGAAUGUUAAAGCACUGACCUAUGUCACUUGCUGUUCCCCCUUCCUCGCUUCUACAUUGCCUCUAAAUCAUUCCAAGUGCCCUUCCUCAGGGAGGGGCGGGGAGGAAGAGGAGAGGGAGUAAAGCAUUUAUAAUUAAAUGUACUAAGCAACUCCAAAGAUGGGGAUGCUGGCGAGGUAGUUCAGCCCAAAUCUUACUAAUUCAGUAGGCUGAGUCUUGCAUACUGUGGCAAAUUGACUUGGAGCCCGAGCUAAGGGAGGUUUUUGGUGCUGGUCCUCGGUUUUACUUUUAGCUGAUUCCCGGUAAGCGAGAGGAACGUCCUCUUUAAACUCCAGGUAUCAGGAGGGGUUCCGGGAUUGCGGAUGCCUUCGCAGAGUUCUUUGUAAUCUACCGUGCAGAACUAUUUCAGCGGCUUAAAGAUGCGGUUUGGUAGCGUCGCUGACAUGAUCAAUGAGAAGAAGUGGACGCAGGGCGCUCUCAGGGAAGCGCUGCUAAGUGGCACCGUGCAUGCAAUUAGGACGCUGAUGUGCUUAAUAGCGCGAUAGCGAAGUCCACCAUCAAAGCGAACGCGCUCUCCUUUUUCUCCACACUCAAAGCUCCUGAAGACAAUUGGUGAUUUAAGAGCUUCUUCUGGGUCCUUUUAAUGCAUAAUCUCGCACCCUUUUUGCCUCUGAAAAGUAUUCUUUAGGUUCCCACUCUGGCAUUUCGAGCGAUGGUUUUAAAAUAGCCCAAGUAUUGUGGCUUCUGGCUCCUCUGUGAAAAUGGGAGACCUUCACGGUGAACUGUUAACUGAAGAGGUUCUGAAAGAAAGGCAGAGGAACUGGGUAUAGGAGAUAAAAUGCACACUUGCUGCCCCCCAGUAACUUUGGAACAGGACCUUCACAGAAAAAUGCAGAGCUGGAUGCUGCAGACUCUAGCGUUUGCUCUAACAUCUCUCGUCCUCUCAUGUGCAGAAACCAUCGAUUAUUAUGGGGAAAUCUGUGACAAUGCAUGUCCUUGUGAGGAAAAGGACGGCAUUUUAACUGUGAGCUGUGAAAACCGGGGGAUUAUCAGCCUCUCUGAAAUUAGCCCUCCCCGUUUCCCAAUCUACCACCUCUUGUUGUCUGGAAAUCUUUUGAACCGUCUCUAUCCCAAUGAGUUUGUCAAUUAUACUGGGGCUUCAAUUUUGCAUCUGGGUAGCAAUGUGAUCCAGGACAUUGAGACCGGGGCUUUCCACGGGUUGCGGGGUUUAAGGAGAUUGCAUCUGAACAAUAAUAAGCUGGAACUUCUGCGAGAUGAUACCUUCCUUGGCUUAGAGAGCCUGGAGUACCUACAGGUCGAUUACAAUUACAUCAGUGUCAUUGAACCCAAUGCUUUUGGGAAACUGCAUUUGUUGCAGGUGCUUAUCCUCAAUGACAAUCUCUUGUCCAGUUUACCCAACAACCUUUUCCGUUUUGUGCCCUUAACUCACCUGGACCUGAGGGGGAACCGGCUGAAACUUCUGCCCUAUGUGGGGCUGUUGCAGCACAUGGAUAAAGUUGUGGAGUUACAGCUAGAGGAAAACCCCUGGAAUUGCUCCUGUGAGCUGAUCUCUCUGAAGGAUUGGUUAGACAGCAUCUCCUACUCAGCCCUGGUGGGGGAUGUGGUUUGUGAGACCCCUUUCCGCUUACACGGCCGGGACUUGGACGAGGUGUCCAAGCAGGAACUUUGCCCAAGGAAACUUAUUUCAGACUAUGAGAUGAGGCCUCAGACGCCUUUGAGCACCACGGGGUAUUUACAUACCACCCCGGCUUCGGUGAAUUCCGUGGCCACUUCUUCCUCUGCUGUUUACAAACCCCCCUUGAAGGCCCCCAAAGGGACUCGCCAACCUAACAAGCCCAGGGUGCGCCCCACCUCUCGGCAGCCCUCCAAGGACCUGGGCUAUGGCAACUAUGGCCCCAGCAUCGCCUACCAGACCAAAUCUCCGGUGCCUUUGGAGUGUCCCACCGCGUGCACUUGCAACCUGCAAAUCUCUGAUCUGGGCCUCAACGUCAACUGCCAGGAGCGCAAAAUCGAGAGCAUCGCAGAGCUGCAGCCCAAGCCCUACAACCCCAAGAAGAUGUAUCUGACGGAGAACUACAUUGCCCUGGUGCGCAGGAGUGACUUCCUGGAGGCCACCGGGCUGGACCUCUUGCACCUGGGCAACAACCGCAUCUCCAUGAUCCAGGACCGCGCCUUCGGGGAUCUCACCAACCUGAGGCGCCUCUACCUAAACGGCAACAGGAUCGAGAGGCUGAGCCCGGAGCUGUUCUACGGCCUGCAGAGCCUGCAGUAUCUCUUCCUCCAGUACAACCUCAUACGCGAGAUUCAGCCCGGCACUUUCGAUCCGGUCCCAAACCUCCAGCUGCUAUUCCUGAACAACAACCUCCUGCAGGCCAUGCCCUCUGGCGUCUUCUCAGGCCUGACCCUCCUCAGACUGAACCUGAGGAGUAACCACUUCACCUCCUUGCCGGUGAGUGGAGUUCUGGACCAGCUGAAGUCACUCAUCCAAAUCGACCUGCACGACAACCCUUGGGAUUGUACCUGCGACGUGGUGGGCAUGAAGCUGUGGGUCGAGCAGCUCAAAGUGGGUGUCUUGGUGGACGAAGUCAUCUGCAAGGCGCCCAAGAAGUUCGCUGAGACGGAUAUGCGCUCCAUUAAGUCGGAGCUGCUGUGCCCAGACUACUCGGACGUAGUGGUUUCCACGCCCACGCCCUCCUCCAUCCAGGUCCCGGUGAGGACCAGCGCCGUGACCCCCGCGGUGCGGCUGAACAGCACCGGGGCCCCGGCGGGCCUGGGCGCGGGCGGAGAAAACCCCAUCUACCGCUCCCGGGAGGGCAACUCCGUGGAGGAUUACAAAGACCUGCACGAGCUCAAGGUCACUUACAGUAGCAACCACCACCUGCAGCAGCAGCCGCCGCCGCCGCCGCCGCCGCCGCAGCCGCCCCAGCAGCAGCCCCCGCCGCAGCUGCAGCUGCAGCCGGGGGAGGAGGAGAGGCGGGAAAGCCACCACUUGCGGAGCCCCGCCUAUAGUGUCAGCACUAUCGAGCCCCGGGAGGACCUGCUGUCGCCGGUGCAGGACGCCGACCGCUUUUACAGAGGCAUUUUAGAACCAGACAAACACUGCUCCACCACCCCCGCCGGCAACAGCCUCCCGGAAUAUCCCAAGUUCCCGUGCAGCCCUGCUGCUUACACUUUCUCCCCCAACUAUGACCUGAGACGCCCCCAUCAGUAUUUGCACCCGGGGGCAGGGGACAGCAGGCUGCGGGAACCGGUGCUCUACAGCCCCCCCAGUGCUGUCUUUGUAGAACCCAACCGGAACGAAUAUCUGGAGUUAAAAGCAAAACUAAACGUUGAGCCGGACUACCUCGAAGUGCUGGAAAAACAGACCACUUUUAGCCAGUUCUAAAAGCAAAGAAACUCCCUUGGAGCUUUUGCAUUGAAAACAAACAAGCAAGCAGACACACACGGUGAACACAUUUGAUUAAUUGUGUUGUUUCAAAGUUUAGGGUGAAGUGCCUUGGCACGAGAUUCUCAGCUUCAGCGGAAGAUACUGAAAGGGUGUGCAAUUUCCUUUUCCUAUACCCGUGGGGAAACAUUUGUGUAAACUGGGCACAUCGCUUUCUCUUCUUGAGUGUGGGGAAGUCGAGGAGAAGGGCUUUAUGGAGGGCAAUUCCCUGUGCGGGUGACUUGUUAAAGGUCGCAGUCAUUUUCGUAGUGGUUGGAAGUGCUAAGAAUGGUGGUAGAUGGCAGCGCAUAGAUUCUACUCUUCCACUUUUACUGCCUCCCCCCCCCUUCUCCCCCUUCGAGCCAUGGGUGGGUCUAAAUGGCUUUUGUGGAGAGAUUAGCACACCCCAACUUUAAUAGAAAGUUUGCCCGCCACCCGCCUUCCUCCUUCCCUUUUUCUUCCUCCCUCUCCUUUCCCCGCUCCCUCUCCUUCCUCCGUUUCCUUUCUCUGCCUCCCUGCCUCCUCCUCCUCUCAUUUCUUUCCUUUCUUUUUAAAGGAUGUGUUUGUAUGCAUUCUGGACAUUUGAAUUUAAAAAAAAAGUAUUGUGAUCUUGAAAAGGAUCACCAUAGAUGUGGACAAAUCAUUAAAAUUACAGAGCUAUAUGAUCCAUAAUUGAUUAGUCAAAAUAACUUAUUGAUGAAAUAUACAAAUAUUUUAUUGUAGCACCUAUUUUUAUAUGCACAUUUAGCAUUUCUCUUUCCUUCAUAUUUAGCCUAUGAUUUUCACAGAGGUGUCACACUACAUCAGGAGCUGCAUUUCCAAAACUAAAGUGAUAUCAGGAAGGCAUUUUAAAAUCAUUAAAAAUAUGGAGAACUUAAUGGCAAAAUCUUAAAAGUCAAUGCAACCCACCCAAUUGAAUCUGUAA